AUGUCUGAUAUCGAUAACCUCACCGGAGAUGUUCUAGGUUUAGAGACCAACCCAAACGCCCCAGCAGAGUCACUCGCGGCAGGCUCCAACUCCAGAAACCCAACCUCCAAAAAGAUGGGCAGGACGGUGAAAUCGUGCCUAUCGCAGGCUGCAGAGAAGUCGAACCCCACCGCCGGAACUGGAGACCAGUCCGAUGAUGACGAGGAUGAAGACGACCCGCAGAUUAUAGACUGCCUGAGAGCUGCGGAAAAACGAGGAGACGAGACAAGCGUGGACGCCGAAGCCAGAUUGAAGAUGUUGAAGGAAGCGCUAGAAGCCCAAGUCGCCGGCAACUCAGCCAAGGCAGACCAGAUCCUGGCGAAGAUCCAGCUAAAGAUGGUUACCGCCCCCGCCGCACCAGCAGAGAAUGCGGUCACGGUAGCAAAGAGAGCUCGAAUCGAAGAAGGAGGCAACGAUAGAGUGAAGGAGAACGGGUUUGUGUUCUAUAAAGCCGAGGUGAACUCGUUCUUGGGGCUAGGCCUCCCCCCGUUCUUCGACAAGAACAUGAAGGAACUAAAAGGCAAGCUCUCUCCAGAGGAAUAG